UUUAGAAUGUUGUGGAGAGAAAAUGGCAUAUUCAUUUAUUGUCCAAACAAACGAAAAAUUAACUGAAAAUUUAAUGAGUGGAAAAACAUUUGAUUGUAAACAUUUACCUUUACUUCAUACAUACAAACUUGCUGACAAAUACAAAAUUCAACAAAAAAUACCCGUUAGUUAA